GUCUGUGUAUGUGGAAAUAAAAGGAUUGAAAAAUAUCAGCUGCAUUUCUUCCAAACAAUUUCAUUUUUUCUUAUUAAAAUCAACAGAAUCGAAAAUUCCGGAAAACAAUUCAUUCGAAAUUCCGUUUUGAUGGAAAAUAAAAAUAAUCAGGCGCCGCCACCUGAAACCGAAGCAGCUCCGCCCAAAUCUGCCCCCUCUCCGCGACGCAACAACAGCGGAGACCACAUCUCCCUAUCUUCUCCGGCGGACUCCUACUCCUCGCCGCUUCACUCCAAGCACAACAGCGAUGACCACAUCUCGCUCUCCCCGCCGGACCAAAAUUCUCCCGACUCCGCGCACAUCACCAUCAGCAACAGCCGCGGCUCUUCGCCGGAGCACGAGACGAAUCGGCCGAUGGAUCGCUCCUCGCCCGAAUCCGAGUACAUCGCCUUCGAUCACGGCCGCGGGAGUGGGGUUGAGGAGCAUCGGCCGGCGGCGGUGGUGGUGAGGAAGGACAUGUACAAGGGGCCGAUGGAGGAUAUGGUUGUGGUGGAGGAGCCUAUGGCGGCGGUGGUGAAUAGGGCGGUGAUGGAGGAGCCGAAUGUGGUGGCGCCGAAGCCGGAUCCGGGACCUGAAUUGGCCGGCGGCGGCGGCGGAAGUGGAAUUAGGCGGAGGAGGGUUAGUCCGUCGCUGUCUAUUUUGAGGAGAGGUGAGAGGGAGAAGAUGGUGAGGAAAGCUGCGUUGGGGUUUAGGGUUUUUGGAUUGCUGUUUUGCUUAAUUUCAUUUGCGGUAAUGGCAGCUGAUAGAAAUCAGGGAUGGGCUCUCGAUUCAUUUGAUCGUUACAAAGAAUUCAGGUACUGUAUGUCUGUGAAUGUGAUUGGAUUUGUGUAUUCUGGAGCUCAGGCAUUGGAUAUGUCAUAUAAUCUGGUGACCGGAAAGUAUAUUGUGCAUCAACAACCGAAACUCCGGCACUACCUCAACUUUGCAGCUGAUCAGAUGAUCGCUUAUCUUCUCAUAUCAGCUUCCUCGUCUGCCACCAUCCGGAUCGACGACUGGCAACUGAACUGGGGGAAGGACCAGUUUCCUGAUUUAGCAACUGCUUCCGUGUCCAUGUCUUUCCUCGCCUUCGUCGCCCUCGCAAUGAGUUCUCUCAUAUCUGGCUAUGUUCUCUGCACUUCCAAAACUGCAUAGUUUCGACUUCCUCCCCUCGAACUAGGUCGUGUGCACCGCUGCCCUCGCCUCGAGUUCCUCUUCAUCGAUCUAGGUCGAGAUAUACUCUGCGUGUAUCUAUUGUAGGUUUGUAGCGGCUGUCUGCAUCUUUAAGAACAAAAUGGUGUAUAUAAACAUUCAUUAUGUCGUGGCUUAUAGUUGUUGAUGAUGGGAGGUUUAAAUUAUGGACUUUCAAUAAUAGUUGGUUGGGCCAAAGGUUAAUUUUGAUUGUUGUUA